GGCGGAUCCCCCAAACCAGCCCAAGCCACCUCGCUCUAUGCACCAUUUUAGCGCAGCUGCUGGUCCGUUCGCAGACAUUUGAGAGCAAGUGACAUCAUACGGGCAGACCAAGAAAGUAUCAUGUGCAGAAAACCCAUGCCGGAGCCCAUUUGUGUGGUGGAAAAUGUAAACGGGUCACUGCGUGUGAAUGAUGGUGCCAUUGAGUACCUUUAUGGGAUUGACCAGCCGGUGGUGGUGGUGUCUGUGGUGGGGCUCUACCGCACAGGGAAGUCUUACCUCAUGAACCGCCUGGCAGGAAAACAAACUGGCUUCGCUCUAGGCAGCACCAUUGAGUCGAAGACUAAAGGUAUCUGGAUGUGGUGUGUGCCACACCCUACUAAAGCAGAACACACACUGCUACUACUGGACACUGAGGGACUGGGGGAUGUGGACAAGGGAGACUCUAAGAAUGAUGCCUGGAUCUUCUGCCUGGCUGUUCUGCUCAGCAGCACUCUGGUCUACAACAGCCGUGGCACCAUUGACAACACAGCACUGGAAAAGCUGCAUUAUGUCACUGAGCUCGCAGAGCACAUUAGGAUCAAAUCACCUUCACCAGCAGGAGAUGAAGAUGAGGAUGAGCAGGACGACUCUAAGUUUGUGCAGUUUUUCCCAAAUUUCAUCUGGACGGUGCGAGAUUUUGUUCUAGAGCUAGUGAUCAAGACAAAGGGUCAGGUCACUGAGGACGAGUACCUGGAUUUUGCCCUUCAGCUAAAGAAAGGCUGUAGUAAGGCAAUAAACAAUUACAAUCUUCCACGGCAGUGUAUUCGGAGCUAUUUCCCUACCAGAAAGUGCUUUGUGUUCCCGUUGCCGGCCUCCCAAGAGAACAUGGCCCACCUUGAGAGCCUGGACGAGCAUGAUAUUUGGCCAGACUUCCUGAAGGUCACACAGAGUUUCUGUAACUAUGUCUUUAAAGAGAGCAAUGUGAAAACACUUAAAGGAGGACACAAAGUCACUGGGAGGAUGUUUGGUCAUCUGGUGAGGUUGUACGUGGAUACAAUCUGUAGCGGCAAAGUGCCCUGUCUGGAGAAUGCUGUGGUCACCAUGGCACAGAUAGAGAACCAGGCCGCUGUACAGGAAGGGCUUAAGGUGUACCAGAGUGGAAUGGAACAGGUGAAAAGUUUGUUUCCAGUCAGUAUUGAUGAGAUUUCUGCUGAACACCAGAGGUGCAGCAACUUGGCCACCACUGAAUUCAUGAAGCGCUCUUUUAAAGAUGAAACAAAAGAAUACCUUAAUUCACUUUCAGAAGAAGUAGACAAACAUUAUUUUGAACUUCUUGAUCAGAACAUGACUGUGUCAGAGAGAAAGUGCUGGGAGCUGUUGUCUGAUCUGUAUAAGGACAUGAGUGAGCACUUGCAGCAGGGAAAAUACACAAAACCUGGAGGAUAUGAACUCUUCUGUACACACAGAGACAACAUAAUCACCCAGUACCACAGACAGCCCAACAAAGGAGUCAAGGCUGAGGAUGUGUUAGAGAUGUUUCUGAGUGAAAGAAGUGUGGAAGCAAACUCCAUUCUCCAGGCUGACAAAAGACUAUCUGAAAAUGAGAAAAAGAUUCAAGAAGAGAGAGAAAAAGCAGCUCUGAUAGACCAGCAGAAAAAGGCAGCAGAGGAGAAACAGAUGGAGAUGGAGCGAAUGAUGGAGGUGGAGAAGGAGAGUCAACAGGAGCGGCUGCUGCAGAUGGAGAGGAAGUUUGAGGAGGAGAAGCAUUUGCAGCGGGAGGAGCUGAACAAAGCUGUGGAGAGCAAACUGGCCGAACAGAAAGACCUCUUGGAGAAAGGCUUCAAGGAGAAGGCUGAGCUUAUGGACCAAGAGAUAGAGCAUCUUAAAAACGAGAAAGAAGAAAAUUCUCGUAGCUUUUUUAAAGAGGUUUUAAUGCCUCUUGUGGGGGUCGGCAAAGAUUUGUUUUCCACUGUUCUCCAGUAUAAGCUUGUGAGGACAAAACUGAAAGGCUUGAAAAAUAAUUCAACUAGUAAAAUUUAGUUAAGCAUCCUGGAGAAAUGAGAAUGAGAACAAGAAGAGAAUAAAUUGUGCAGACAAUAUGACUGACUCCAGUCUUAGAGGGCCACAUCACUGCAGAGUUUAGCUUUAUAUGUCAUGCUGUGUCAUUUACCACACCUGCUUCAACCAUGGAGGAAGUGAAGGAAGAGUAGCAGUAGCUUGAGUGCUUGUAUAUUUAAAUAUACCCCUGGAGGUAUGUGUCUUGGAAGCCUCCAUCUUUGCCUUAUGGACACUAGAAUUUGAACCAAAACAGCCAGGCUUCCCUCGUAAAUAAUGAGCUUAGGGAAUAGCCUCUGAAAUAAGCGAUGAAUGCAUGAAAACAGGAAUACCAUAUUUGAAAUAAGGUGGAGUCGUCAGAGUGAGAGUGUCGACUCUCUUCAGCUGUCAUAGACAUUGGUAAAAAGUCAAGCCUGUCUCCUGAACGUGUCACAGUGAGAGAACAUGUUAAUGCUGACUGACUCACAGCACUAUAUGCAACUCAGUGGUCAUGUCAACCAAAAUUGAGCACAUGUGACAUGCUGGUUAGCAAUAAUAUAAAGGCCAAGAGACAAGGUAAAAAUAUUUUUUUUUGAUAUUUUAAAUCCCCACCAAAACAAAUAAUCGCUGGAGAAGGAAAUGGUGUAAUAGUACAAAGAAACAGAAACUGAGACCAAGUUUAUUUAGUCAGAAACAGCAGGUACAAUUUUUCUGUUGACCUCUAUGAAUUCAAAGGAUUAGAAGAGGGAACAAUGCAAAUCUCUGCAGAUCUGCGGCCUUCAAGGGCUUGAGUCUGAAUCCAGUGGUUCAAAGGCAGACUAUCCUAGUCACACACAUGUAAAAAGUUUUAUAAAGCUGCAGUGCUGUUUCAGUUGCAAUUUCAAAGGAUGCCAAUUCUACUUAGAAUGUCAAAUCAAUUUCUCAUUCCAUACUUUGUUAAGUAUUAAUCUUUUAUUCCAUUACUCUCUACAACUGCCAUUUUGAGAAUGAAGAACUUGUUCAGUAGCCUUAUGCAAAAGAAACAUACUAUUUAUUCAGUGUGAUUUUGUAAAUCCUUUUUGGACAGAUUAGAUAUCCAUUCACACACACUUAUACAUACACAGACGUGUUUCCUGAAGUGCAACAAUUGCGUACAGUUAAUUUAAUUUCUUGUGAUUCUGAGUGGACAGAAUUAUAAAAUAAAACGAAAGACAAUUACA